AUGGGCUGCGGGGCAUCCUCCGUACUCGGCCCAGUCUUGUCUUGGCUGCUUGCUGCAAAUUCUGUUGGGUCCGUUGGGUUUGUUGCUUCUAAGGAUCCCCCGUACGUUCCUCAUCAAGCUCCAGAAGAUCCAAAAGCCAACGUGGGAGCUAAGCACGAGGAAGUCAAGGUAUCGGGUGGCGCUGGCUUCACUGUGGCGCAGCAAGCUUUCCGAACACGUGAAGGUGAUCCCGUUCGGCCUAAAGGCCCUGGAUUCUUGCCUUUCGUACGCUUCGACACCGCAGCAGUCCCGCCACAAAUCAAGGGCGGCGAUCAUAUAUACCUGGUUUUUACGUAUUCGGAGGCCGCCAUCGAAGGCAAAGAAGAUGGGACUGUGGCAGCUGAGGACAAGGAGCUGAAAGGCUCGUGCAUCUUUCGUGUUUGGCGAAAAGAUGGAACCAAUGCUGUUUGCCAAGAUGGUGAUGAUAUCUUCUUCGAGCAUGUGGACACGGGGAAGUACUUAGAAGGAGCUACUGACACCAAACCGCUAUGCUUGGCGGAUAAGGAUGAGAACUCCUCUGGACAGCUUUUUGGGUUCUUCAAGCAAGGUCGGCCCAUGGAAAUGAGACACCGUGACACCGUGUACCUGCAAACAUGGUUACACAACUACGUCGAGUACAGGUACUUCGAGGACAGCAACUUGUAUGCCAAGCGAUGGCAGCGACGGGAGCCGCAGACCCUGACUGUUCUCAAAAAGGCGGUACUGGACUCGUCCACCACGGAGGUUGCCCGGAAAUUCCAGUUCCAAGCCUUUGAUCUUGAUGGCAACGGGACAAUCAGCAAGAGCGAGAUUGACAUGAUGGUGACGCUUGUCAGAGGCGCGGAGCCAAGCGUAGAGGAAAUAGAGGAGAUCAUGGUCAAGGCGGAUCCUGCCCACACAGGAAACAUUCCUUUUCAAACCUUUGCAGCCUGGGCCGAUGGUGGCGGCAUGUCCGAAGAAGAACUCAACCAUGCCGAGGUCCUGGGCACCAUCGAUGGCAUGACCGUCCAAGGCAUGGUGGGUCAGUAUGCAGAGAACCUCAAAGCAGGAAGUGUCAGCGAGAGGAUUGUGGAAAAAGCAGCAGCUGAGUCGGAUGGCUGGUUCUUUUCAGGAAACUGGAAGAAUUGCAUGAAGGCCUUGCUGGAACCGGAAGUUGACCUUUGGGUCCGCUGCCUGAACGAUGCGAUGAAGGGCUGGGGCACUGACGAGAAUUCCUUGACGGCCCUGGUUUGCACCAUUCCAGAGCGGCUGCGCAUUCCCAUCUUCCUGAAGUAUUACGAGACGGUCGGGAAAGGCCUCCUGGAACAUAUCGAGAGCGAAACCUCCUUCAGCUACAAGAAGGUGAUGACGUGGCAGGCAAUGGCCCCCGAGGAUUGUCGUGCCAAAAUCUUAAACAAGGCCAUGGUCGGCUUGGGAACGGCUGAAGAUCAGCUGAUCCGAGUUAUUUGCCAGCUGAACUUUGGCGAGCGCAGGGAGGUCAAAGAAGCCUAUCAGCGCAUGUACAACCGAGAUUUGCUCGAGCACAUUAAGUCCGAGACAUCGGGGGACUUUCAGAAAGCAUUGCUUGUGAUGCUGGAGGCGGAAGAAGCGGCUUUUGAUCUAGAAGCGGACUGCGCGGCCAUGAAAGAGGCUAUGGAAGGAUGGGGAACUGAUGAGAUGACCCUUACCCGUAUGAUUUGCAACAAGACGUCGAAGCAAAUGGAGGACGUGAAUGCCAAGUUCAAAGAACUCUAUGACAGGGAUCUGCUGGAGUGGGUCAAGAGUGAGACCAGCGGCUACUACAAAGAGGUCCAUAGAGGUGAAGAAGGAAACAAAGAGACGCAAAGCAACGCUUCCAGUGCUCGUGGGCACCUUGAAGCAUCGCCUGCCUUGCUCUGCCUCGCUUUGCCUUGGUCUGCUUCGCGUUUGCCUCGUUUUGUCUUGUUCUUCCCGGAGUCUGCCCUUCCUCUGCCUGGCUUCGCCUUACAUAAAGCUCUCCUUUGCCUCGCUCAAAACACUUUGCUGGCGCCUUUGAGGUUGAUUGGGUGCAUCCGGCAUCCCAUGAAGCAGCUGGCUCACUCUGUGAGGGACUGCAUGAAAGGAUGGGGCACUGAUGAUGAGGGGCUCAUCACCUGCCUGGUACAUCUGGAGGAUUUCAAGAAGGCUGCCCUAAUCAAAGAGUACAAAGCCGAGUUUGGACGUGACAUCUUUGCAGACAUCAAGGCCGACACCAGUGGUGCCUACGAGAAGGCCCUUUGCGACCUCGUGAAGCCAGCUCCGCAGGUUUGGGCGGAGUCCUUGACGAGCGCCAUGAAGGGCUUGGGCACAGCAGAUGCUUUGCUGAUCAACUUCAUGGUCCUCGCCAAGGAUGACAUGAUGGAGGUCAGGACGCACUUCCACAAGCAAAAUGGCAAGAUGCUCGAAGAUUGGAUCGAAUCAGAGACCAGUGGCGAUUACAAGAACACCCUUCUUAUGCUGGCAGGACGCAACAGCGAGGAGACCAUCAGCAUUGCCCCUGUUUACUGGGCGCAACGCUGCAAGGAUGCUCUGUUCAAUGUAGACACCGUGAAAGAGGUUCUGGUUUCGAUGCCUGCCACUGCCAUCAAGCGGCACACGCAGCUGUACGAGGCAGUGUAUGGUGCGUCCUUGAAAGAAGAGGUGGAGAAGAAGUGCAACGAGAAGGGGACGUUCUUCUUCUUUACCAAUUGGUGGAAGCAUGCGAUGAUGUCUCUCUUGUAUAUGCCAGUCGAGCUGUACGUCAAGGGGCUCUGGGAUGCCAUGCACGGCUGGGGCACCGAUGAGUACACCCUCACGGGCUUGGUGUGCACCCUGCCUGAGAACCUUUAUGACGAGAUCCAUAACCUCUACGAGAAGACGCACCAGAGGAAGCUGGUAAAUCACAUCGAAUCAGAGACGUCGUUCAACUACAAGAAGGUCCUGAAGUUCCAGGCCAUGCCGUGGGCUGAGAGUCGGGCAACCGCUCUCCACGGUGCGAUGGCUGGUUGGGGAACUUCCGAAGACCAGCUUGUUCGCAUCGUCAUCUGUUCCACAUUCAAGGAGCGAGAGGUCAUCAAGCAAACGUACAAGAAGAUGUUCAACAGAGACCUGAUUCAGCACAUUGAGUCGGAGACAAGUGGAAAUUUGAAGAACAUCUUGGUGGCUGUGCUGAAGUGCACGCACCCCAAGGCGUCGGUUGAUUAUGACAAGGACUGCGAGAACCUGAAGAAGGCCAUGGAUGGAAUCGGGACCAACGAAAAGGCAAUCAUUCAGAUUGUUGCAGGCAAGACGCCCCAACAGAUUGAAACUCUCAAGGAGAAGUUUCAGGAGAAGUUUGGCGAAGACCUCUUUGCGAGAAUCGAUAAUGAAACCUGGGACUGGGGCAUGAGCAUGUUUAUGACUCCCAACUUCCGGGCCUGCAUGCUGGGAUUGAUGAGGUCACCCUCAGAACGGCUCGCGUGUGCAGUCCGGGAUUGCAUUGUCGGUUGGGGCACCGACGACACAGGUCUCAUCACCUUGCUCGUCCAUCUCUCCGAGCGACAACGCCGGGAUCUUGUGGAGAAGUACAAGGAGAUCAAGAACGGCGGUGACCUUUACAAGGCCAUCGAAGGCGACACAAGUGGUGACUACAAGCGUGCACUGCUUGCACUGGUGAAGCCUCCUUGCCAAGUCUGGGCGGAAGCCCUGCUGUCCUCGAUGAAGGGUUUGGGAACGUCGGACAAUUUGCUGAUCAAUUGGAUGUGCAUUGCAAAGGAGCGAAUGGAUGAGGUCCGAACCCACUUCACGGAGUUGGACGCUCGUGGCUUGCCCGCGUGGAUCUCCAACGAGUGUGGGGACAGCGACUACAAGGAGCUUUCCGGUGUUAAAGACACGUUGAUACGGCUGGCGAAUCGACGAUGCGAGCGCUUCGCGGGCCAGGAGGUUGGCCUCAGCAUCGCGCCGCCACAGACGAAGGAGAUUCUCAAAUUCACUACGACAUUCAACAAGCUCUGCAAGCUUCGCCGAGAGAAGGGCGACAACGUUAUUCCCGGUGAGGAGGACCAGCAGGCCAUGGGGAAUGCCUUCUUGUAUUAUGGCUCGUUGUCGAGCUGCGCGCCGAACCUCGACAUUCCAGGAUUGUGGGACUUGACAAAUGCCUGUGGUUUUCCACCUGGAGAUGAUGGUCCAGACUUGGUGGCAACUUUUCAUGAGUGGGACGUCAGCGGCACGGGCGAGAUUACCUGGAAUGAUUUCGUAAGGGAGAUGACGACGCGAAUCAACGAUCCGGGGCACUACAAUGCCGAUCCUCUACCAGAGACGAUUGACAUGAUCUCAAUUCCAGACAAGCCGCUAGGUGAUGGCUACAAGAGCCACAUCAAUAAUUUCAAUGCUUCCGACGCAGGCUACGAAGAGUACGAUGGCGAUGCGGGAGCACCGCCUGCACCAGCCCCUCCAGCCGUCGACAUGUAUGCAGCCUUUACAGACGGAAGCUGGAAAGAUUUGCUUGCCGGUGUGCAGCCCGAGUGUGAUGGUGAAGGCCUACCACGUGAAGUUGUAGGUAAGUUGGAGAAGGGUGAGGAAGGUUGGGAGGGGAAGUGGGAGGUAGGUGGAGAUGAGGUCAGUGCCUGGAGAAGGGUGGAUUGGGAAAGUCAAAAGAUGAGGCCAAGUGGAGAGGCGGAGUGGAAUGGUUGGGAAGGGGAAGGGGGAAGAGGCAGCGGGAGCAUAAACAACGGCAUGCUAAGCUCCUUUGCGCUGGAAAAGGUGAUCGACCACUUGUGCUCGGUCGGUCACGAAGGGUUCGCCGGGCAGGCAGAGGCAAAAGAGCAGGCCUGCAAAGCAGCUUUGUAA